AAUCACCACGUGCGCUAGGUGGAUUUUUCAGCAUGACUCACGGAAGGGGUUCAUGGCGCAAAAGCCAGAGACAGGCUUGCGCAAUGUUGAGUUGGAAGGAAAUAUUAAUACCAAGUACAAGCCGGGUUUUGAAGGGCAUCAAAAAGUCUCGAACAUCUGCUCCACCGCAGCUUUUCCAUUACCCAACCGCAACUGCCAUCACCCCAUCCCGACAUUCACUCCCUAUCGGGUCCAUUUAUUUGAUUUUAUUCGAUUUAUUUUUGGGGACCUGAUUUUCUUUUUCAUAAAAAAAAAAGGGAUUAUAAUAAAAAGCUAUACGCCGUGUGCCGACCUCCAUUGCUUCUGUUUAUUGUUCACAUACUAUUUUUCCCCGUCCUCUUGCAACUCACAUCUUGGGGUGGUUGGUGAUCACAGCGCCAAUCCCACACUUCUACCGGGUCCUGGCUAUACUUCAUCUGACCUCUGCAAUGGCCACCCCGUCCAUCCUCACGCGUGGCUCCAGCUCCCUGGCAGCACUCGCGGUCCGCGGCCGGCCCAAGGUCGACAUUGUUCUUGCCAAUCAGCAAGAUGGCUUGGUCCCUUCGUAUACAACCGGAGAUACCAUUGAGGGCACGGUCACCAUCACGACGGAUCAUGACACUCGCUUUGACGAGCUCGAGAUCACCUUCGAAGGAACCUCGAGAACCUCCGUGGAGCGCCAAUCGAUGCCCGGCCGGACUGGGGCCUACCAUACCUUUCUUCGUCUUCGACAGCCCAUCGAUGACACGGCAUAUCCCACCCCCCGGGUUCUAGAAGCUGGUCGCAGUUAUCAAUUCCCGUUUACCUUUGUGGUUCCCGAUCGCCUGUUGCCUCACAUCUGUAACCACACCAAGACCAAUCUGCAUGUUGAACGCUCGCACACGCUGCUGCCACCCACGUUUGGUGAUCCCAUGAUGGCCAACAACCGCAAAUCGGUUCUCGACGACAUGGUCCCCGAAAUGUGCCGGAUCUCUUAUCUGGUUCGUGUGACCCUCCAGCGAAAGCCGGCGGCCCAGAACGCCUCCCCUAUUACGCUUGUGUCCGUUGGGAAAAAAAUACGGAUCAUUCCUGCAGUGGAUGAGGAACCGCCCCUCAACGUUGCUGAUGACGAGGCUCUCUACUGCAUGCGCAAAGAAAAGGACGUGAAGCGUGGCUUGAUGAGGGGUAAGCUGGGUCGAUUGGUGGUGACUGCCGCCCAGCCCAAGUCGGUGCAGUUGAGUCCCCCCGGCGCUGAGGAACGCGAUUCGGUGAGCACCGUGGCAACGGUCCAGCUGCGCUUCGAUCCGGUGGGCGACGAGCAACCGCCUCGCCUGGGCACGGUGUGGAGUAAACUGCGCGUGUCGACCUUUUACAGCGCCGACCCCUGGGGCGACUAUCCGUCCGCCUCGUGUAUCAGGACCUGGGCACAGAUGGGCCGCGGGGCGUACACCGAGGCUGUACCACUGUCCACCAUGUGUGUCGCCUCGGCGCAAUGGACCAAGCACACCGACACCGGGCUCGACCGCCGCGACUCCAUGCACUCGACCUCGUCCACGGAUUCUCUGCCCGGCCCCUCUGCCUCGUUCGCGGGCAAUGCCUACUAUACCGCGUCGGUCGUUGUGCCCAUCACCCUUCCCAAGGACAAAGCAUUUGUGCCGACCUUCUACUCGUGUUUGAUCGCUCGCAUCUACGCCCUUGAGCUCAGCAUCUCCUACCACGCUGCCAACGCUCGAAUCUUGACCCCGACCGCAUCCCUGAAGGUUCCCAUCCAGCUGACCUGCGAGUCGCGGCCUGGUGCAGGACCCAAGGGCACCGUGAUCGAGAUCACGCAGGACCAAGUCAAUGCGGAAUUUUUCAGUCCUCGCAGCAUCGCGCCCCCAUCGGUUCCCAUCUCGCCGCCUGAAUAUACGGCCGUCCGCGUUUCAAACCUGCCUCCUGACCGUUCACGAAUGCUACCACCGUCAUCAGGGACCACCACGGGGGGUGUCAGAGUCUGAAGAGGGCUGCGAUUGGGCUGCGGCAAAGCAACGCAAAUUAUCGGAGACAGAGUGGAUACCAUUAUUGGCUUUCUAUUGGCGUUUGGAUUUCACAGGUUACAAUAUACCCAGGUCGUUUGAACAGUUACAAGUUGCGCGAAAAGUUUGUCUAGCAUUCGGAGAUACCCGAUAUUGCACAUACGGAUACAGUUUUAAUAUUGUCAUAAUAAUGGAUACAGGAGAU